ACCGCACUGGCUACCAAAAGGAGGCGAAGAAGCGCGUGCCCUUCAUAACAGCAAACAUGGCGACUGCUACCAAAAUUAUUCAAAGGCUUCGAAAUUUUCUAUCAGGGCAUGACCUUCAGAGUAAGCUCCAACUACGGUACGAAGAGGUAGCCAAGAGGACGCAGCCGCCGCCUAAGCUACCAGUCGGGCCGAGCCACAAGUUUGCCAGCAACUACUAUUUCACCAGAGAUGGACGCAGAGAGUCCACACCUCCCAUGGUCGUCAUGUCUUCACAGAAGGCGCUCACUGCUGGCAGCCAAGUUGCUGCUGUGGCGGCCAAGCCUCCAGUGACCCCCGGGGGUGUGUACAAGGAGCCGGAGCUCUCCACAGACGAGCCGUACCUCUGAGAGGAACGACCCUUUGGAAACCCCCCCCCUACCCACACCCACUACCCACCCACGCAGAGCUCUGUUCAGCGUUCUGUAUAUUGUAUAUUCCAUAAGUGCAAAUAAAAUAACUUGAAAUAGUGA